AUGUUUGGGGGGAUAGAAGACCCAGCACCGCCGUUAUCUCCCCCUUCGGUCACAAUAAUAGGUGCAAGGUUUCCCGCGGACGGCUCGCCAGCGCACUUACUAUCCCUCAAAACAACGUCUGAGGGAGUUGGUGGUUCACCUGACUCCUUCUUAUUCCACGUACCAGAUCUGCGAGUGUUCUGGAAGACUCCGCAAGCAUGGCAACACCGGGACGUGCAGAGAUUGGAAAUUGAAAAUCAGCCUUUCCUUAACUGCCAUGGGGUAUAUAUGGUCUUCUUCUCGUAUUUUCUUGACGAGCUACCCCGAAACAAUAACUUUCCGGCCCAGCUUAUUCCAAAUCAAAUUUUUUCUGGUGACGUGUUCGUUGUUAAGUUAAAGCCGCAUGAAUUUGGAGAACAUGCCUGGGCGGCUUAUGAUGACGUUCCUCCGGAGUUUCUAAAGUUGCCUAUUAUGGGUAGAAGAUACUAG